AUGCUGCACGGCUUCAACAUCCUGCGGCAGCAGUACUCCAACCUCGCCAAACCCGGCGGAGGCAACCAGUCCGCCAUCUCCACCGUCCAGACGCUCGCAGACCGUCUCGCAAAGGCAGAUGAGAACGGCAUCGACAUCGAGGACAGGAGAGCUGCCGUCCUCGCACUCAAGGGUCUCAGCCGUGAUCACAACAGGGCCGUCGGCGAGCAUGCUCUCCCUGCCCUGCUCACCUCGCUCCAGCGCGACGCCAAGGAUGAAGACACCGCGAGAGCGCUCAUCGAGUGCUGCAUCACUCUCUGCGAGGUUCAAUCAGCAGACAGUGCCGCAUCCAAUCCCAACCACAACCAGCAGACUCCAAAGCGAAAGCUCCACGAACAGGGGCCGCCCCCAGGGCUUCUGCACACCGACGUCUUCCUCGAACAGCCAGGUCCGCUACACUGUCUCUUGCCCCUCCUUGCGCCCGAUCGCGCCUUCUACACCCGCUUCGCUUCGCUCCAACUCCUCGGCUCGCUCCUCCGUAACCGUCCGCACAGGGUGCAGGACCACGUGCUCGUCGCUCCCGGCGGAUGCGGCGCCAUCCUCGAGUGUCUCGCAGAGGGCGCAGGCUCGUCCGCAGAGAUCGUUCGCAACGAAGCGCUGCUGCUCCUCCCGCACCUCGUCCAUGGCAACGCCGACAUCCAGAAGCUCGUCGCCUUCGAGGGCGCCUUCGAGAAGCUCCUCGACGUCUGCGCUGCCGAAGGCAGGGUCGAGGGCGGCGUCAUCGUCCAGGACGCUCUCGAAGGCCUCGAGGCUCUCCUCAGGUACAACGUCUCGAAUCAGAACUACUUCCGCGAGACGCUCUCCAUCCCCAUGCUCGCACCGCUCCUCUUCUAUCCCCCCGGCCCGCCGAACAACGAGUUUGCAUCCAAGCACGCAGAGCAAGAGUACGCGCGCCAGCUCGAGGCGUUCUGCUUCCAGGACUGGGAUCAGCAGAAGGUGACAAACGCAAAGAUCGUGCUCGACAUCGCCGCGCUCCUCAUCGGCGGCCAGGGAGAUGGACGACGCGCCAACCAGGGCGCGCUCCUCCAGUGCGGCAUGACAAAGUGUCUGCUCGAUCUGGCGCUCGCUUCCACAGCACCGGCCAGCCUCAAGGCACAGGCGCUCCAUGUCGCCGCCUCGCUCAUGCAGGCCUCGCGUCCCAACCAGGACCUUCUCUCCACUCUGCUCGUCCAGCCCGUCACCCUCGUGUCCGCCCCUAUUCCGGAUGCGCUCGAGCGCCAGUCCGGUGAGCACGAGCACGCCGCUCAGCCGCCUGUCCCCGAGGUGUCGUUCAGCCGUUCCGAACCCAAGCCUGCGGUGGUGUGCCUCGUCGACACUGCCAUCGGCACUUCGGGCGCCAAGGGCGCGCUCGGAUUCAGAGCGGCUGCCAUCGCCUGCUUCCGCGCCUACGUCGCCGACAACAUGGACGCACGCCUCGCCAUCAUCAAUGGCAUGGCGCCCGACGCUGACGACAAGCACGACGGUGCGGCAGCCUCGGCUGCCCCCGCAGGCAAGGUGCUGCUCGAAGCCAUCCUGCAGAACCCUUCCACGCAUGCGAGCUCGGCGAACGCGGAUGCGUACAAGCACCUUGUGGCCGCCAUGCUCUUCUCCUACCUCCUCCGCUCCAGCGAGACCGCCAAGAAGGCGGCUCGUGCAAUCGCCGUCAACCCGGACGGUAGCAUCGUCAGGAACGCGCGUGCCGACCAAGACGCUGCGGCAGACGACGACGAUGACGACGACGACGCGCCGUCUUCGCUCAUUCAGGUCGUCGUCGGCAACCUUACGCUCUCCGAACGCGAGCUCGCCGACGCCGUCAGGAAGGAGCGCGCCUCGGCUAUGGGCGCAACCGUCUCCUCGGCUUCCUACUCGGCGGCCGACUGGACGCGCAUUAUGAUCGGCUACCUCGUGCUGCUCUCCGUGUGGCUCUUCGAGUCGCCGCUCAGCGUGCGCGACUUCCUAUCCGAGUCCGCCACGCUGCAAGCUGUGAUCCAGCCCGUGGCGCAGUCCUCGGGCGUCGAUCCGCUCAUCCAAGGCCUUGCCGCAUUCCUGCUUGGCGUCGCAUACGAGUUCGACACCGACCCCGGAAAGGCUGCUGUCACGAGGGAGACUAUGCAUCCGAUUCUGCACUCGAGGAUCGGCGCCGACCAGUUCGCUGUGCGCAUCGGCCGCGUCGCAGACGACGUGCGCUUCAGGGAAGUCACGCCCGACGUGCUCGAGAAGCUCAUCGUCGUCGAAGAGCAGGCUGAAGCCGACGAGCUGCGCGCAAAGCAGCAGGCUGAAGCACGCGCGGCCGCGGCUGCUGCUGCCGCUGCAGCUGCCGCAGCCAAAGCGUCAGACCCUUCUGCGGCAAGCGCUGAGCCAGCCAAGCCGGAAGACAAGGAAAAGGCGGACGAGGAAGCGCAGGACAAGGAUCUCGAAGUUAACGGGCUCGGUCAUCUGUCCAAGCGCCGCCGUGCCGGGCUGUGGUUCGACUGGUCCUUUGUCGAGUUCUGGCGCGCCAAUUCGACGCUGAUCUCCAAGACGAUCACGGUGGACCCGGCGUCGUCGUCGGCAGCGCAGGCUGCGGUGCCUGCUGAACUGCUUGACGCACAGCGCCAGGCAGAGGCACUGCGCGAUACAGUCGCCAAGCAGGCGCGCGAGAUCGAGGUACUGGAAAAGCGCAUCGAAGAGCUUUCCGCGCAGCACGCCAAGGAGAUCGAGGCUCUUCGCAGCCAGCUUGAGACGGCCGAGACGACGGUUUCCUCGCACGCGCCGCAGCUGCAGGCGGCACAGACCGAGCUGGAGCAGCUCAAGUCCGCGCAAGCUGCAGCGCUGGCCGACAUCCAAACGCGUCACGACGCCGUUGCCGCGCAGCUGCAAGAGACCCAGGCCAGGGAGGAGAGCAGUAACGGCAAAGUGCUGCAGCUCACCUCGGAGAUGGCGCGCAUCUCGGCGGGCAAGCCGUCGCAGAAGGAGUUUGCCGCGCUGCAAAAGGCGCACGACGAGCUCAAGAAGAAGCAAGACGUCGAAGCGGGCGGCAGCAGCAACACCGCGAUGAAGGAUCUGCUCGAGGCGCGCGAGCUCGCGACCAAGCGUGCGGACGAGAUCGCAGCGCUGCAGGAGAAGGUGGCCGCGCUCGAAGCGUCCACCGCUGAUCGUGCCCCAGCACAAGCACAAGGCGAGGGAGAGCUGCAGAAGAAGCUCGACCAGGCACUCCGCGAGAAGGCCGAGUUGGAGAGCAAGGCGGCCGAGCUCAAGGCGUCGAGUGCCGCCACUUCGAACGGUGAAGAGCUGCAGGCAAAGCUCGACCAGGCGCUGCGCGAGAAGGCCGAGUUGGAAGGCAAAGCAGCCGAGCUCGAGGCAGCCACGGCACAAAUCGCCCAACUGAAGACGCAGGCCGAGGCAAAGCUUGCGCUCGAGAAGAAGAUCUCCGACCUCGAAGCGUCGCACACUGCUGCGGAAGGCCAGACCAAGCAGCUCGAGGAGCUUUCGCAGAAGCACGCAGCGCUCGAGACGCAGCUUGCAGCGCUCGACAAGGUGGCUCAAGAAAAGGCCGAGCUCGAGAAGAAGCUCAAGACGCUCGACGCUGCCGAUGCCAAGGCGAACGAUCUCGAAAAGAAGCUCGCCGACCUAGGCAAAGUCGAGAAGGAGAAGGCGGAGCUGGAGAAGAAAGUGCAGACGCUCGGUGCGGUGGAGAAGCAGAAGAAGGAGCUCGAGGCCAAAGUCAAGCAGCUGGAAAAGUCGACCAAGGACAACAAGCAGCUCGAGGCCAAGGCGAAGCAACUUGACCAGCUCACGAAGGAGAAGAAGGAGCUCGAGGCCAAAGUCAAGACGUUCGACCAGCUUACAAAGGAGAAGAAGGAGCUCGAAUCCAAAGCCGCGCAAGUCGACAAGCUCACGAAAGAGAAGACGGAGCUCGAAGCCAAGCUCAAGUCGCUCGAGGGCGCGUCCAAGAGCGAGGGAGGUGCGGAGCUCGAAACGCUGCGCACCGAGAAGGACGAGAUCGCAAAGGAGAACGAAGACCUCCUCGUCCUCCUCGAGGAACUCACCCAAAAGCGCAAGAAGGACAAGGCCAGACUCAAGGAAAAGGGCGAAGAGGUCAGCGAGGACGAAGACGAAGACGACGAUGACGACGAGUAG